AUGGAACCAACAUCGGCCGAAGAGUACCGUAAGGAAGGGAAUACCAAGUUAAAGGCCAAGGACAUCCAAGGAGCCAUUGAUAGCUACACUCAUGCUAUCGAUAUGAAGCCUGAGGACCACCUAGCAUGGUCCAACCGAUCAGCGGCUUUCUCUGUCGAUGGCUCUUAUGACAAGGCCUUGGCUGAUGGUUUGAAGUGUGUCGAGUUGGCCCCUUUUUGGAGUAAGGGACACCAUCGGGUGGGCUCAGCAUUGCAGUCUAUGGGGAGGUACCAAGAGGCUAUUGACCAUCUCGAUGCAGCCAUCAAGACUUGUACUGAGGGGGAUAUUGCCAAUCUAAAGGCCUUGAGGGACGCUUGCAAGGGCCUAUCAGUUGAGAAGCAGCUCCUUGGGGCAUGGAAAGGAACUGUCACAGAACAGCUUGGUGGAUACUCUCAAGUUAUGCAGUUUGAGGAAGGGCAUAAGAUGCAUGUGAUGGUCAUGGGCCAAUCUCAAGAGGCCAGCUAUAUGGUGGAUGCUGCUAGGGACCCCGCUCUUCUCAACAUCCAUCUUGCCAUCGAUGGUGACCAAGGACCUAAUGUGCC